UGCAUUGCUGCGUGCAGCUGAACAGGUUCGGGCAUGUCGCAGUGCUACGAUCUGAAUUGUUCUAGUUUUGAAACAAAUUUUGAAGCUAUACCUUUUCACGUGGUUUACUCAACAAGGAGAGAUUCGACUUCCACAGCUUGAUCCGUGUCAAGUACUACAUCCCUCCGAACAAGCGUAGCAAUCGUAGACAGGAACGACGUGCGGCGCUCCCCCCCAUUGGCGUUUAGUGUUCCAGUUACACCAGCAUGAUAGUUUAUUCCCCAAAGUUGCUAUAACAAACAAUGGCGAUGCGGCGUGCUCCGCCUCCCAAAGUCCAGAUCCAGACCAGCGAGGGCGCUCCGGACCUGGUGGUUGCGUGUACGAACUUGGGUGGUGAUAUCUCUCACAUUCUGAGCCUGCAGUUCGCCGACGAGUCCGCCCCUCCGGAGAAAAUCGCGGUGGCAGCGCUCAAAACCCUCGCCACCUACCUUUACAACGAUGAUCUGCCCUCGCCUCUUACGCUGCUUUACCUUGUGAAUGACCACGAUGCGGACGCCGUGCCCACCGAGGAACUUGACCGCAUUUCCCUGCAGGAAAUGCGCGAGCAGCGCUGUCUCAGCGGCUGUUCAGGGGAUGAAGUUGCGCAAUUGUUCGAGAAGAACGAGAAAGCCGUGGGGAAUGUGCCAACGGAGCCUGUGGAAGUGAGAAAUAUCGAGGCUGUCUACAAGAUCGGGGAGGAUGACGUGACCGCGUUUCUCGGACCAAAGUCGCCGUUCGUACUCUGCCCGAUUAUAUCAUCAGCUUCGGGCGCUGAUGAGGAAGCACCAGAAGAUGAGCCAGUGCCAGAGCCAUCAGAUGCGGCUGGUGCACAAAAGGAAAAUAUAACCGACGAAGCUGCAAGAGGCAACGCGUUUUUGUAUUUGGAAAUGCUGCUUGCCUUGAAGCCGUGCUUUUCCUUCGAAACCCUCGGCAAGAAGCGGACCUACAAGGUCGAUAUUCAGUGGAACAACGCAACUUUUAUCGACAUCGUGGAACCCAUGGGCGACAGCCAGCCGAAGCAGCCACUUUGCGUAGUUUUCAAGGGCUACUCCUACCCGUUGACGGGGAAGAAUCUCCGAGCCGUGGAGGACGACAAGCAAUUUAAGAUUGAGGCCCGCGUUAAAGAUUUGAACGAGAUUUAUCUGGAAGCGUACACGAAGCAGAGGGCCUCCGAGUGGCAAAUCCGAGCGGGGGACGCCGAGUCGGACCGGGUCCAGGUGUGGACCAGCGAAAAGUUCACGUUACAGUUUAGCGAAGACGGAACCAGCGUGAGCGGGUCGUUUCAAAGAACAGCAGAGGGACCGUUGCCACUAGAAGGAACGCUCGAGGCGAUUGAGGAACUUUAGGGUGUAAACAAAUGUUGAAGUAGCACGCUCUGAGUUUACAGGUUGAAAAGCAAAAGCUGCUGGAUGUGCUACUUCAUUCAUUUUCGUCGUCGC